GAACCCAAAGAAUGGACUACAGCACUUUGAAUAAAGGUUAGCCAGGUCUCACAGAAUAGCUUGUCUAUCUUCAACCUCAUUCUCCGAUUUCAUCCAUGCACACCAUGGCCCAGGGCGAGAUAGUUCCCGGUAGCGUAUACCUAUACGACCCAGUCAAUUGGGCCCCACCAAUGUUCACAGCGUGGUUCGGCGUUGUGACAAUCGCCCAUGUCUGGCAGUGUAUCCGGUACAAGGCCUGGAAAGUGACUGGUCUGCAUCCCGUAUGCAGUCUGCUUUUCACCGUAGGCUUCGCCCUCCGCUCGUACGGCGCGAUACACUACAAGGACAUUAAUGUCUAUAUUGCGAGUACCAUAUUUAUAUAUGACUAAACAUACCAGUCCCAUCUUGGAAUUGGCAAAUUACCAUGUCCUUGGCCGCAUACUUUACUACGUCCCGUACUACGCGCCGCUGCACCCAGGCCGCACACUGACCACCUUUGGCUUUGUCUCCGGCAUCGUCGAAAUCCUAAACGGCGUGGGAGUAUCCUGGCUGGCGAACCCGGCUGUAAACAAGGAUUUCGUCAAACUGGGCGAGGCAUUCUUAAAAGUAUCGCUUAUCCUGCAGAUCGUCGUAAUCGCAGCCUUUUGCUUCAUCGCCGCUCUCUUCCACAGACGCUGCAUUGCCGGCGGGAUUACGACGCGAAAAGUGCAAGCACCGCUGCUGACGCUGUACAUCAGCAUGUUCCUCAUCCUCUUCCGCACCGUGUACCGCAUCGUCGAGCACUUUGCCGCAACGCGCAUCUACACGGCCUCGGACUCGGCGCUGGAUCUCGCAACGCUGUCGUCCAUCGUACGCUACGAAUGCUUCUUCUGGGCUUUCGCAGCAAGUCCCACGCUGAUCAAUAGCGUCCUGUGGAAUUACAGACAUCCCCGUCGCUACUUGCCGCGUGACUACCGUGUCUAUCUCGCGCAGGACGGGAAGACGGAGCUACGGGGGCCUGGAUGGCAUGAUCAUGUGUCCUGGUGGGUGACGUUUGUGGAUCCUUGUGAAAUGCUGGCGGCGCUGAAGGGGAGAAAGCCAGAGGAAAGCCCGUUUUGGGAGAAGAAUGGGUAUGCGGCUGUUGGGAUUGAUGAGGGGAGUGAGACGUGUGUGUGAGGCGUGUUUUUUGUGUUUGAGGGAAAUGUUGGAGUAGAUUUUGGGACUAGCUGCAGAGGUUAGAGAUUCUUUUGUCGACCAGUCAAGUCGAGAAUUAGGCGGCAUGGAAUACUUGAACUCAGCGAUGUUC